CAUGUUGUAGCUUGGAUCAGUGUUUCUCAGGGACAUCGUGGAGCUUUGCUGACAGUAGCAAGAGAAGGUCACAAACUGAAAUACCCAGAGGCUGAGAAAUGGAAUAUGGAGAAAAAGCUAAGUUGCAUCUUGAGGAAGCAAAGAGACCAUUCAGAAGCUAGAACCUAGGCACCCACCGCUGGAGUUUGGCAUAUGGGCAUUUUGAGGGGAUGCAGCAUACUGCAAGCACUUUGUAGCAAUUUGCUAGAAUGAACCCAAGACAUCUGAGUUCACUGGGCUCUCCUUUAGCUCCUGGUCUCAGAAAUUGGCUAGAGAGGGUCAGAGACCCAGCCAAGGGCCGUAGAGCCAUAGGUAGCCCAUGGGACUGGCACCUAGUUAUCCAGUGUGGGUCUGAGGAGAGCAGGGCAGAGCCCCUCGACUUGCCCCAAGAGUGGAUUUGUGGCCAGGAUGAGGUCACCACCACCAAGUUCACUUCCUGAGUUUCUUUCUCUUUCGUUUUGACUUGCCCUAGUAUGGGAUGUAACACUUGGCUUUUUUUUGUCUUUUUUCUUGCUUAGAUUCAAUGUGUUCGGGGUGGGGACAGGGCAGCUGGGACUUGCCAGUGGCGCAGAGGCUCUCCUGGGACUUCAGGCCUCCACGUGGACACGAUGUGGGGGCCUGUGACAAGGCUCUCCUUCCUCCUUCUCCUGCUGUCCAGGCAAGGUGCUGCCUGUGGAACAAACGAGUGCUGUUUCCAGGACCCACCAUAUCUGGACGCACACUCAGGUUCAGCUUUGGGUCCUAGGAACCUGAGCUGCUAUCGGAUAUCUUCUAGUGCCACUUAUGAGUGCUCCUGGCAGUAUGAAGGCCCCACGGCUGGGGUCAGACACUUCCUGAUGUGCUGCCUGAGUCCCGGGCACUGCUGCUACUUUACCGCGGGCUCAGACACCAGCCGGCAGUUCUCUGACCAGGAUGGGGUGUCUGUACUGUAUAAUGUCACAUUCUGGGUGGAAUCCUGGGUCGCAAACCGGACAGAGAAGUCACCUGAGAUCACCCUGCAGCUCUACAGCUCAGUUAAAUAUGACCCUCCUGGGAAAGACAUCAAAGUGUCCAAGUCAUCGGGACAGCUGCUGAUGGAGUGGGAGACCCCAGCCCACCAGAAUGAUGCCAAGGUACAGUUCCGGUACCGGACAGCCAACAGCCCAUGGAAGUGGGGCGACUGUAGACCCCAAAAUGAUACUGAGUCCUGUGUCUGCCCCCUGGAGAUGGAGGUGGCUCGGGAAUUCCAGCUACGAAGACGAAGACGGCACCUUCAGCGUGGGGCCCCAGAAGUUCCCUGGAGCAGCUGGAGCAGUCCUGUGUGCAUCCCCCCUGAACCACCCCCACAGCCCGAGGUGAGGUUAUCCGUGGAGCGGCUUGGCCAGAAUGGGAAGAGGAAGCUGAGCCUGGACUGGCAGCCCAAGCAGCAUGAACUUCCAGAAGGCUGCCAAGGGCCCAUGUCUGAUGCAGCGGUGACCUACCGAGUGUACCUGCACAUGCUGUCCUGCUCUUGUAAAGCCACAGCCACCAGGACCCUACACCUGGGAAAAAAUGUGUCUCUCUCGGGUGCUGCCUACAAUGUGACUGUUGUCUCCAAGAAUCGAUUUGGCUUUGGCCCGAACCAGACAUGGCACAUUCCUGCCUACACAGAGGGCUGUGGUGUCACAGCUCACAGCAACCUAAAACUCUUGGGUUCAAGUGAUCCUUGUGCCUCAGCCUCCCAAGUACCUGGAAUUACAGGUGCCCUCCACAACACCUGGCUAUUUUUAGAGAUGGGGUCUCACUCUAACUCAGGCUGGUCUUGAACUCCUGAGCUCAGGCAGUCCACCUGCCUCAGCCUCCUAGAGUGCUGGGAUUGUAAGCAUGAGCCACCGUGCCUGGCCUUGGACAUUUCUAUAAAUGGACAUUUCCAUAAAUGGUACACUGUGUGGCCUUUGUGACUUCACUCAGUAGCAUGUUUUCAAGGUCCGUCCACGUUGUGGCAGGUGUCAGUGCGUCGUUCCUUUUUAUGGCUGAGUAACGUUCCACUGCACGGAUACACCACAUUUUGUCCAUUCAUCAAUUGAUGGACAUUUGGCUAUUUCUACCUUUUGACUGUUGUAAAUAGUACUCACCAUAUCUUUUUGUGUUCAUUUUGAUUUGUAAUUAAAUAUUAAUUACAUUACAUUACAUUAAAAUAUUGGUUUAUCUUGAUGACUAGGCUUUUUGGUGCCCCUUAAAUUUUAUGCCUGAGUAUCCAGCAACCCUGUGAGGAUGGGGCUGUCACAAUGAUGUCCAUUUUAGAGAUAAGACAACCAAGAUUCGGACAGGUGAAGCCACAUACCCAAGUAUCCAGUCCCUGUGAUUUGGGCCACAGUCUUGCUGAGUGGCCUCAGGCUGGUGGCUUUCUCUCUGUGAGCCUGUUUCUGCAUCUGUAAAAUGGGGUGAUUUUGGUCCCAUAUUAUAAUGUAAUGGCACCUGUAAAACACUUGGCACUGGCCUGGUACAUACAGCCAGUGCUCAAUAAAUAGUAGUUGCUGGCAGGAUAAGGUGGCUCACACCUCACAGCUGCACUCCCAGAAUUUUGGGAGGCUGAGGCAGGAGGCUCACUUAACUCCAGGAGUUUAAGACUAGCCUGGCAAUAUAGCAAGACCUCAUCUCUUAAAAAAAAAUUUAAAUUAGCUGGGUGUGGUGGCAUGUACUGGUAGUCCCAACUACUUAGGAAGCUGAGCUACUUGUCAGUUCAGGAGUUGGGGUCUGCAAUGAGCUGUGAUCAGGCCACUGCAUUCCAGCAUGGGCAACAGAGCAAGACCCUGUGUCCAAAAAAAUAAAAGCAAUGGCUUGGUACCUGUGGCUCAAGUGGCUAGGGCACCAGCCACAUACACCUGAGCUGGCAGGUUAGAGUUUGGCUUGGGCCUGCCAAACAAUGAUGGCUGCAACCAAAAAAAUAGCCAAGUGGGGUGGUGCCUGUGGCUGAAAGGAAUAGGGCGCCGGCCCCAUAUGCUGGAGGUGGCGGGUUCAAAACCAGCCCCAGCCAGAAACUGCAAAAAAAAAAAAAGUAGCCGGGUGUUGUGGCAGGCACCUGUAGUCCCAGCUACUUGGGAGGCGGAGGCAGGAGAAUCACUUGAGCCCGGGGGUUGGAGGUUGCUGUGAGCUGGGAUGCCAUGGCACUCUACCCAGGGCAACAGCUUGAGGCUCUGUCUCAAAAAUAAAUAAAUAAAUAAAUAAAAUAAAAAUAAAAACUAAAUGGCAGUUUCUGUGCUCAGACUUGGAAACAGUACCCACCCCUCUGAGAUUGGUGCAGGCAUCCUUGAUGUAGACAGUAGGAGAGAUUUGCCCAGGGACUGAGUGGAGGUGUGCUUGCAUCUCUGAGUUUGGCGUUAGACUGCCACUGGGGUCCAGUCAGGCCAGGGAGGCUCGAUCUGCAUCACACUCUCCACCAAGUGAGGCAAGCAGUGGGUGUCCAGGCAUCUGCUACAGCAGAAGCCGCCCACCAGGAUGGAGGUGGGAGGGAUGGCAGCACAGGGAGCUCUGAGGGUGGAUGUCUUGCCAGGGAGCACAUGGCCAAGCUGGAGGAGGACUCAGCUCAUUCAAACACACUUUGUGCUCAGCCCCAAGCAGCCCCCAGUGUGGGGACAGGGCCAGACACAAUGUCCCCAUCCCUGUAGGGUUAGAGUUAGACAAGAGUAAGGGAUUGGCACUGCAGGAGGAGGC